GUCCCGCCAGUUGCUCAUAUUGGCCGUGCAGCGGCGCGCGAGAGCAUGAGUAGACGAGAGGGUGCCCGCGCACGCGCUAUUAUUGUUUUGACUGAAAAUGCCGUCGGUUUCGAAAACGGCGGCGAGCGCUUCUCCUCAAACCGAGAAACCAACCCACUAUUCAUAUUUGAAGGAGUUCAGGACCGAGCAGUGCCCGCUGUUUUUGCAGCACAAAUGCACACAGCACAGACCCUUUACGUGUUUCCACUGGCAUUUUCUAAAUCAGCGAAGACGGAGACCCAUACGAAGAAGAGAGGGGACUUUUAAUUACAGCCCAGAUGUAUAUUGCACGAAGUAUGAUGAAACAACAGGGAUAUGUCCCGAUGGAGACGAUUGCCCUUAUUUACACCGGACCACCGGUGACACAGAGCGCAAGUACCAUUUACGCUACUACAAGACCGGCACCUGCAUCCAUGAGACAGAUGCUCGUGGCCAUUGUGUGAAGAACGGCCUCCACUGCGCCUUCGCUCAUGGACCACACGACCUACGGCCACCAGUUUAUGACAUAAGAGAGAUCCAGGCACAAGAAGCUCUGCAGAACGGCCAGCUGGGAUCUGGGGAGGGAAUUCCUGACCUGCAGCCGGGUGUGCUGGCCAGCCAGGCCAUGAUUGAGAAGACCUUGAAUGAGGACCCACGCUGGCAAGACACCAAUUUUGUUUUGGCCAACUAUAAAACCGAGCAGUGCACCAAGCCUCCACGUCUAUGCAGGCAGGGCUAUGCCUGUCCCCACUAUCACAACAGCAGAGAUAGGAGAAGAAAUCCCAGAAAGUUCAAAUACAGGUCGACGCCCUGCCCGAGUGUAAAGCAUGGCGAUGAAUGGGGCGAGCCCUCCAAGUGUGAGAGUGGGGACAGCUGCCAGUACUGCCACUCUCGCACCGAACAACAGUUCCACCCAGAGAUUUACAAAUCAACAAAAUGCAACGACAUGAGGCAAACUGGAUACUGUCCAAGGGGUCCAUUCUGUGCUUUUGCACAUGUAGAAAGAAUUCCUUCCACAGAGGAGACCAUGAGCACGUUGCUCACAGCAAUGCAGUCGGGUUCUCAGUCCAAGCUGGGCUCGCCUCAGUAUCCAGAGUGUCCAGUCAGCGAGUGGAGCGGCAACGCGAUUUCCAUCAGCAGCAGCGGCAGUAACAACGGCCAGACAGGAAACGUAUCAUGCACUAAUAGUCCAACUGUAACACCAGGCUCAGGGAGCAACAGUUCUUUGUCCCCAGUUGGACCCAUCAGCAGGCCAAAAUGCUUUACUAAUGGUAGCUUUUGUUCAGAGUCCACCACGUCCAGUGUUUCCUCUCCGACGUCUAACUAUCCCAAAGCUCCGGGUUUUGAACGAGAGGAUCAGGCAAAGAACCAGAAGAGCCUGUCUGGGGAAAAUAAUCAAAAGUUAAUGGACCAAGACAAACAGGCUCAUGGCAAUGUGUUCUCAGUAGUGAACCCACUCGCGUCCAGCAUAACAUCAAGCAUCACAUCCAGCUUGGCCUCCAGUAUCGGAUCUGACAGCUCGUCACCCACCACUUUAUCAACCAUGAAUGCAAAAGCCACGCCUUUCUAUCCAGGCAGCAAUACUGUGGAGUCAGUAAUAGGAUCUGCACUUGACCUGAAUUUUAGUGACAUCAAUGUUGCCUCCCUUGACAAAGAGCUAGAGGACCAAGACAACAAUGGCCUUGGUUUAACAAGACAGAGGUUAUUAGGAGGCUCUGCUCCUGUCAAUAUUCCUGGCUCUCUGGCUCGGUCUUCCUCUCUGCAUUCCUCGUCAUCUCUCUCUGCCUCCCCGCUCAGCUCUCUGUCUCAAUCCCUGUCCCAGUCUCUCCUCACUGGAAUGGCCUCCCAGCAGAGCCAGCCACAGGCACCACCUGUUAAAACCGAGCACGGCCUUCUAGGAACAUCAACGUCUAUGCAGAACUCCUUAGGUCUGAAUGGCGGAGCGGGGGGAAUAUGGGACUUUAUGAGUGGCAGCUUCUCUCCCAGCCCGUCUCCAGUGUUCAGUAGCCUUAGUUCCAGCACGGUCGGCUCCAGCAGUGCAGACAUCGGCCGGCUCCUCCGAGAACUGGAUGAAGCCAAGCGCAAGAUAAAGCAAUGGGAGGAGGCCUGGCACCAAGUCAAGCAGGCCUGUGAAGCAUGGCAGAAAGACGCUCACGAAGCGAAGGAGCAAGCUAAAUCGGCAGAGGCGGAGCGGCAGCUGGCGGAGCAGAAGCGGGAGGACACCGAACGCAAGCUGAAGGAACUGCAGGGAGACUUUGACGUUUUGUGUCGCUCCCCCAACACGCCCCUCCUGCGCAGCUACGGCGAGCUGGACCAGCUCCCCCUGCCAAAGCUCCGCUCCAUCCAGAGCCAGCUGCGCUCUGACCUAGACCUCAUUGACGGGGUAAUAUAUCAGCUUCAGUCAAAGAAAUGUAUAGUUUGCCAAAAGCAUGAUCGUUCCUUUGUCCUGCAGCCUUGCCAACAUUAUGUACUUUGUCAGAAAUGUGCGUCUAGUAAAAUGGAAUGUCCUUACUGUAAGACGAAAAUAUUGAAGUGGUGAUGUACAGCUAUCCAAGGUACUAUUUAAUGAUUUAGCCCUUUGAAGAACUACUAAUACAUAUAAUUAUAAUUAUUAUUAUUAUUAUUAUUAUUAUGCUUACAAUUUCUAAAUAGCAUUUUUUUUGUGUUUCAGUAUUUCAUAUAGUGAUUCAAUUGAUUAGUUUUAUUAGAAUCUAAUAAGUGGUGUUUGACUGAUACAAAUCAAGUACUUAAAUGCAAUAUCUGUUUUGUACAAGCUAGAUUAUCCAUUUUCAUAAAGCAUUAAAAAUUUUUCCCCUUGGUUAUUGCUUUUGGCAUUUAUAGUCGGUUAGCCCUGAUUUGACUGUUAGCAACAAAAUCAUCGGCCCGACGCCAUUAUUGCUACUAGCUGUGUGAAGAGGAUUCGUUUCUUGUUAAAAGCACUUUGUUGACAUGGAAAUUUGUCUGAGGGUUUUUUUUUUUUUUUUUAAGAAAAUUUGCUUUAAGCUGCUUUGUAGUUUUUUUUUUUUUUUUUCUUUUUUUUUUUCUUAGAUUUAUAUUUUUUCCCAAAUACGCUAAAGUAUGAAGCUUUUGUGUGUACUGUGAAAAACAUAAUAGAAUAUUUCAUUUUUCUUACUGUUAAAUCAUGGUAUAGUGUAUAUAUCUUGUUAGUUUUCAUAUAAAAUAGUACUAAAUAGUAGUUAUUAUUACUUUCAUUGUUACUUAAAUUUUUCAAUCAAAUAAGUGCAAACUUUGAAUGCGUUUUAGGCAUAACCAGCAGCUGUAAUAUCAGUAAGGCACAUACUGUAUGCUAAGGCAUUUAGUAAAUGGAUUUCUCCGUCUUAUAGUGAGUAUUUAGAUAUACAUUAUGUAGUUGUUAGAUGAGCACAUGUGUUCUGAAGUCCUCAGCGACACAGUAUUUUUUAUUUAUUUUUUAUUUUUUUGGACUUCAGCCUUUCAGAUAUGUUAGAACAUAUAUCUGAUUCCUGGCCACUCCCUCUUAAGUGCCUUGCCUUAAAAACAUUUGAAGCAUCUGUGAAGAGUUUAGGAUUGUAGUAGAAACCCCAUAGCUUCUGCAAAGUAUGUAUUUUUUCAGUAGUACCGUAUUAUCGCAGCGUUUAGCGGCCCAAUUCAGUACUAAAGUAUUUCCGAGAGACUUCACCCUGGUCUGAGGUUCAGCUGAAGAAUCGAUCCUUUUCCUUCAAUAACGAUGGUGCUUUUUGGGUGCAGCUUCAUUAUCCUUAGAAAUGUUGAAUCAUCCUUGAUUUAAAUGUGUAGGGAUAUUCAAAUCAGGAAAUGCGUGUGUUUCUUCGAUUGCAAAAACGAAACUGGCUUAGUACAUUUCUGUUUAUUGAAAUGUGUAGAAUUGUAGAGCUCUGUAGUGUUUACAGACAGAAAUCAUUGGUGUUUUUCGUAUCCAAAUUCGACAGUGUAAUGUGCUUAGGUAAUCUAAUUGAAAUGACCUGCUACUGUGUUAUCUGAAACUUUUUUUUUUUCUUGUUCCUUUCGUAUUUACAGCAAUGAGUUUGUGCGGUAAAUCAGGUACGCAAAGGUGCAAGUUCUUUUUGUCUUUCGAAAUCGGGAUAAACCGUUUACUUCAAAAGGGAUGGUUACUGAGGAUCUAACUGUCCAGACCCUCGUAUUUUAUUUCAGCUUCACAAGGCGAAGACAGUGUGUGUCUGUGUGUGUAUAUAUCUGAUUUCUCUCUGCUUUCUUUCUUGUGUUUGUAUCUUAAUCCACAAGGUCUGUAUGUAGCUGAUGUUCUUGACUGAUUUGUGUGUCAGUGUGUAACUUUUGUUAACCAGCUGAAGCUCUGGAUCACACUGCCAAAUGUGUUUGUGUUGAGCAGACGUAUCCAGUUGUUGGUCAGGCAUCACAGUCGAGUAUUCGGAAAUAUUUUUGUGCAAUGCUUUAAACGCAUUGACUUUGUGCUUAUCUUUUCUAGUCUAAUUAGCAAAGACGUGUUCUUUUCCGUACGAUGGGCGACAUAGAUAGGUUGAAACGGAUCAAAGCAGCUCGGGAUAUUGUGACGUUUCCAGCACUCAAGUGUUCAAGAGUUUGUUGAGGGAUUGGUUCCAUUGUUUGGUCAUUGGUCCAUAACGUAGGGUUUUGUUGAACUAUAAAAUGCGGUAGAAAUGUUUGGGAUUUCACAUGACAUUUAUUUCUCAAGCGAAGAGUGCGGUCAAAUCAAAAUCAAAUGUGGACUUUACUCAAAUGAACCAAAGUGGUAUUGUAGUUUAUACUUGUUUCAAAGUUCAACUGAAGUGGUGUACAAUUACUAUGUCAGUUUUUCAAUGUUUCAUUUGACGGGACAAUUAUGCCAACUGCUUUUGCUGACGAUAUUAAUGGACUGAAUGCCCAUUUUUGUAGUUUCUACCAAAGACCUUUACUAUUCUUUGUUCUCUCUUCGAUGUUAUAACUGCAUUUUCAUUAUAACAUUCUGAGAAAAUAGUUAGGAAUAUGACCAAAUCUAGUACCUUAUUUACAUAAUAUGUGCAUUCAAAAAAAAAAAAAAAAUCCUAAUGAAUCACAAUUCUUUAUAAACUGAAUACAAAGAUUGUGUUACAAUUUCUCAGUGAAAACAAAAACAUAGUAUUGAAUUGAAGGAAUGUCUUAGUAAUGAAUGAAUAUUUGUGUUAAUAUUCUUAUGUGGCCAUAUGGAUUAGUGCUUAUUUGAAGUAUAUAUUAUUUCUUUUUAUACUACUAGUACUUGUUCGUAAAAUUCUAAAAAUCAGUUUUGAAACAUUAGUUGUUGUGCACUACUUGUAUGCUGUCAGGAAUUUAAAAGAGUACUCGGCCCGUAAGGUGCUUUCUUUAGUUUCCAUUUGACUGGUGUUUGUUUUUCUGUCUGUUUAGUUGGGAUCUGAAGAAUUUAGAUAUGGAAUAAGAAAUCUUCUAACUUUUGUUUUUAUUUUUAUUUUUAUUUUUAUAAAUCUUGAAGUCUAUUAUUGUGUUGUCAGAUGUUGUCUACCAUGGCUGUGUAGAACAUAUUUGAUUGUGAUGUAAAAUGGGUCCCUUGUUCAUGCUAGUUGAAAUGGCUGAGACAGACAGUGGGUUACAUUUAUGAAAACUGUUCAAGUAUCUACAUUUCCUAGCCUUAAACCUCACUUUUUGGCCUAGUUACGUUUGCCUGUUAUAGUAAUAAAUAAGAAAAAGAAAAAAAAAACAUUUAUAAAAUAAUUAAAAAAAGAAAAACAGGCUUGCACUUAAAUGUCUGAUUUCCAAUCAGUCAUUCUGCUUGAUAAUAUUGUUAAGUCUUGUAAGGAUCAACUCUCUUCGGAACAAAUUUGUGCCUUUAAUAAUAACACAUUGAAAGUAUUUUUGACUGAACAAAUUUCAGUUUAGGAAAUGAGACGAAUUUUAGUGCCUUGAGAUAUUUUAAUCUGUAUUUCUCAAUGCACGAGAGGCCCGUCACACACUUUUUACAGAAUAAUUAAAAAAAACUACUCUGCCAUGCCUUUUCAGUUGACCAUUUCAGUUUGAGUAAUAAGUGAUUAUUAUUCUGAUGAAGAAACAUGUAUUGAUGUUGAAAAGUCGGCAUGAUGAUGCAUGUACACAGUGUCAGAGUAACAGUUAAGGUGUUUUGCAAUUGUAUUCUUUACCGAGGGUGUGUUUGAAGUAGCAGUUCAUGAAGUAUGACAGAAUUAAAGCGGAAUUUAUGUAAAACCUAGUCAUUUCGAGUUUGGGCUUCCAACUGAAUUUCUGUUAAUGGUUUGCUUAACAGUGAUUUUCUGUACAAAAGGGCAGAUAGUAAUUAUUUAGUCACGUAAAUCUAAACCACAGCAUGAUCUUACACACAAAAAGACCCCUGUCUGCAUCAGCCAUUUUAAUACCAACUGUAAUCUUUAACAAAAAUGACCAUUUAAUGUUGAUGUAAGACCUGGCAUCUGUAAUUCAAGAAGCACCAAGGACUCUUUUGUUUAGCAAUGUGUAAAUUAAUGUAUUGGACAUUUUACCAUAAUGCUCUGCAGUGGAAAUAAUCAUUGCUUUCUUUUUGCAUUCUUGUGGAUUUUUCAUUGAUUUAUUUGUUUGUUUUUCUAAUUUUGUUCAGUAGUGUGAUUUAUUGAACCUAAGGAUUUAUGCAAUCUUGUAUAUACAUAUUACUUAUGAAACUGGUUAAAUUUAGCAGACCAGCCAGGAAGAAAAAAACUAUUACAAUAGUACACUUUUGUAAGAGGCUAAAAUAAUGAUAAAAAAAAAAAAAAAAAUAGCCAGAAUUUUGGAACUACUGUUCCAUAUAAUUCAUGUUACGGUUAAUCGAACAUUAAAUCCCUGAAUAUUGAAUGUACCAUUCAAAUUACAUAUAAAAUGGGUCACUGGAAUAACAUAGAGAACAAUUAAUCUAUAAUGAUGUAGCACUAGUUUUGUGAAUUGCGAUACAUUACAAAUAAAUUUAUAAGUUAAACACAAUUGCAGUUUUCAAGUUUGUGUAUUUAUCCAUAUUUACAAUUUGAUGGAAAUAUGAGAUGUGUUUUUCUCAGGGUUUUACAGGAGAACUGUAGAAUAGAGAGAGAUGUCCAAUUUUCAAAGGAAACUGCAACUCACAGAUUUAUUAGCUCAAAAGUCAAAAUGAGGAAAUCAUUUAUAUUGCAAGGAAGAAACAUAUCCCUUAUUUUGGUACAGUAUGCAUCAAUAUAUAGAACGGCUUAUAUUCUAAUUAGUGUUGAAAUACUAUACAAUUUGCUGUCAGUAUAAUACUUUGUGUAUGUGUUGUCAACACAAGACCUUAAACCAUUUUACUGGGAGUUCUGUGUUUAAGUUAUGGAGGCUUCUUUAUGGAAUAGUUGUACGUUUUGAUGGCCAGAGAGGUUUUUCAUCACUAGAAUUACUUAAGAUGGUAUUAUUUAUAAUGCAUAAUCUUUCUCUUGUAGUGUAUCAUUUUAAAAUUGUUAACACUUGUCUACACUACAGCAGUUAUGCAAUGGUUUACAGAAUUCAUGGAAUUAUUUUUGUCAUCUUGGGAAUUAAAUAAUUUUUGAUCUUUAA